UAGUUAAAGAACACAUGCGUUUUACAGCGCGCUAAAACUUGCAAUUAUGGACUUAUUUUUUGGAUUUCGGAAAACUUUUCUCUCUGUCUGGCUUUUAUUAUUGACUGGAAAUGUUCAAGCUCAAGUAGGUCUUGGAGGUGAUUUCAUGGUAGACACGGCUUUAGGAGAACUUCCUAACCCACUGUUAACAAUGGCAGCCCAAGGUGGGGGACAACAACCUACAGGUACAGGCCAGACAAGCCAGGCUAGUACAGCUCAACCUACUUCAGCUGCAGAUCCAAACCAACAGUAUGUGUUGAGAAACGAAGAUUUCACAGCUCUCGGUAAUAUUGGCCACCAUGUCCGUGUUCCGGUCCCAAAUAUUCCCCCUGCUAAUAACAAGGCUCCUAGUUCCGGUUUGCCUUCUGUCGGGACAGAUGGAACGAUAACGGUCGACCCAAAAGAUAUCAUUGGCGUAGCAGAUAUGAGCCAAGUUGGAGCUGACGGUAAUCCUGCAUUCUACAGCUUCAAUCCUGGGUCUGGUCAUGCAUCCGAAAUAUCAGCUCUGCAAUCUGCCCUCCAAGGUACAGCUGUGGACAUGAGUGGCUUUUUACCACCGCCAUUUGAUUCUCCUCAAGACUCGAUUUCAAACCCGUUUCCUACUUCCAUCAAUAGCACAAGUACAACGUCUACAACAAGUACGAAUGAAAGCACAAGUUUCGAUAUUGUUAUAGACACUGCGUCACCAUCUCAAUCAAAUACACAAGGGAUAAAUACCGCGUCAGCACUUAAUAAUUUGAACCCAGUGGAUAUAAGUUUGGUGAAUACAAAUCAGGGUUCAACGUUAGCUGGUUCAAACGCACAACACACGGCAUUACCAACGAAUGAACAAUCACUGUACGACACAUUAAUUAAUACUAGAGAUAGUAUUACGAAGACACAGGACAAUUUGAUGUUAGAUAGCGGUGGUGCAAUGGGUAGUACAGAUAUAAACAUGCAAUCAGCCUUCAAAACAAAUGAACAAACAAUAUCUAGUACUGGUAGUAUAUCUGGUGAUAUGAACUUAAAUGAUCAGUCUAGAACGAAUACAAAUGAACAAGCAAUGCUUGGCACAGGAAGUGUAUCAGGUGGUUUAAAUUUAAAUGAGCAAUCUAGAACGAAUACAAAUGAACAAUCAAUGCUUGGCACAGGAAGUGUAUUAAGUGGUAUAAAUUUAAAUGAGCAAUCUAGAACGAAUAUAAAUGAACAAGCAAUGUUUAGCACAGGAGAUGUGUCAAGUGGUAUGAAUUUAAAUGAGCAGUCUAGAACGAAUAUUAAUGAACGAUCAAUGCCAGGUAGAGGUAUAGUGUCAAGUGAUAAGACUUUAAAUGAACAAUCUAGAAUUACUACAAAUGAACAAUCAUUGUUAGGCAGAGGUACAGUUUCAAGUGGUACGAAUUUAAAUGAUCAGUCAACAGCAAACGCAAAUGAACAAUCAAUGAUUGGUAUGGGUGGUGUGACAAAUGAUAUGAAAUUAAAUGAACAGUUGAAAACACAAACUAAUGAACAAACAAUACUUGGUACAGGUAGUGUGCCAGGUGAUAUCAACUCAAAGGAACGAUCAAGGAAAUAUAUAAAUGAACAGUCGGUUAUUGGUGCGGGUGGUGUAACUGGUGGCAGAUCUAUUCUAAAUUAUCAAACAAGGGAUAGCCAGACUAAUACAACUAAUUUGAAUACAAAUAAACAGGCGGUACUUAAUAAAGGCAGUGUGUCAAGUGGUAUGAGUUUUAAUGAAAAGUCUAUAACCAGGGUAAAUGAUCAGUCAGUAUUUGGUACAGGUAGUGUCUCAGGUGGUAUGAACCUAAAUGAACAAUCUAGAAGAAACAAAAAUGAGCAGUCGAUGUUUGGUACGGGUAGGAUGUCAAAUGGUAUGAAUUCAAAUGAACAAUCUAAAAUUAACACAAAUGAACAGUCGAUGUUUGGUAAAGGUAGUGUCUCAGGUGGUAUGAACUUAAAUGAACAAUCAAGGAUGUCAAGUGGUAUGAAUUUAAAUGAACGAUCUAAAAUUAACACAAAUGAAAAGUCGAUGUUUGGUACAGGUAGUGUCUCAGGAGGUAUGAAAUUAACUGAACAAUCUAGAAAAAACAAAAAUGAACAAUCGAUGUUUGGUACGGACAGGAAGUCAAGUGGUAUGAAUUUAAAUGAACAAUCUAGAAAUAACACAAAUGAACAGUCGAUCAUUGGUACAGGUAGUGUCUCGGGUGGUAUGAACUUAAAUGAACAGUCGAUGUUUGAUACUGGUAGGAUGUCAAGCGGUAUGAAUGUAAACGAACAAUCUAGAAUUGACACAAAUGAACAGUCGAUGUUCGGAACGGGUAGUGUCUCAGGUGGUAUGAGCUUACCUGAACAAUCUAGAAGAAAUACAAAUGAAAAUUCGAUUUUAGGUACAGGUACUAUUUCAAGUGGUAUGUACAUAAAUGAGCAAUCUCGGAGAAACAUAAAUAAAGAGUCGGUGAUUGGUACAGGUGGGGUAACUGGUAAAAAGUCUACUCUUAAUUACCUAACAAAUGACAGUCAGACUAAAACAAAUAAUAUGAAUACAAACGAACUUCUGAGUAAAACAGAUUUACCUAGACAACAUCUUUACAGUACUGAUAUCAACGCGGGAGUUGGUACUCUUGGUCAAACAGACACAUUUACCACUGGAAAAGGUAGUAAACAAUCAUUAAGCGGAACUCAAAGUAUAAUGGAUGUAAAUGAAUUAUCUGUGAUUAAUACAGGUGCAACUGAGAAAAACAAUAUAUCAAAUAAACUAGCAGGUGUAAAUAUUGGCAGGAAGGGAAAAAAUACAGCCGAAGCCACUAACGAACAGUCGAUGAUCAAUAAGGAAAUGCAACAGACAGGCAUAAUUACAAAUGACAAGUUAAUGUUGAGUCAGAUUGAAGUCAAUGAACCUUCAGUGGUUAAUGUUGAUGCAAACAUUGGAGUUAGAAAAGGCCAUUCAAAUACCGGAUUCACAACCGUAGGCGGAUUGUUUGGAGUAGUUGGUAGACAAAAUGAGGGUUCCAGCAGUCCUAGAUUCACUGGUUUGAGUAAUAAUAAUAAUAUCAUAACAAAAAUUGGAAUAGGCGGAGGUGAGCAAGUGUAUGCAACGGCUGAUAACAUUGCUACAGGUACUUCACAAGCAGGAACUCAGCUGGACUCAAUACAACAAUUAACUUCAGGAACAGCAAGUCUAUUAGGUGUUUCUGACACAAAAACUGAUAAUAUCCUAAAUAACAAUGAGCAACUGUCACUUUCUCUGACAAACUCUGUUACCUCAACAGCUGAUUCCAGUAACAAUGUAUCAUCACAGAGAGCAAACAGUGUAAUGGACAGGACAAGUCAAAAUGUACCACAUGUUAGUGAUCUCAACACAGAGGGCAUAUACCCUUUCGAGGGAAGUUUAACAGCAAUGGAUGCUACUCUUGCUGAGGGCUCAUCAGCCGUAUUGGACAUGAGUAGCGUUUUACAGGGCAAAGAACCUCUUCAUUUAGAACCGUCAAUGAAUAUCAUUGGCGAGGUUGUUUCCGGUGCCUCUAUUUCUGACACUUCUGGAAGUAAUACUGGUAUUUACGCAGUGGCAGGUGGCAGCAACGUAGCCGACAUUAAUCAGUCAGGAAUAAACCACCUUGAUACUAGUACUGGACGGUCUGUAAGUUCUACCCGUGAUGUCUCUUCUGGUGCAAGUAUGCUUACAUCAUCAAACAACAACAAAAAUCAUGUUGCGGAUAUUUCGUUCGUAAGCGGUGGAAGCGAAGCCAACGGUUUAGCAAUUGACAAAGUGAAUCAGUAUGUUGGAUCUGAAAACGUAAACAAUAAACAAACCUCUUUAGGUGGUGGCAAUGGAAUUGGAAAUCAAGUAGUGAACGUAAAUAAGAUAACGAACGAAAAUAGGGUUAUUACAUCUGUCGAAAACACAUCUCAGAUAAAAAAUAUUCAAAAUAGACUAACCGAAGGUGAUCAGAGAAUAACAGAUGCUUCUAAAUUAUCUAACGAUCAUACGAAAGGGCUUGCGGUAGCGGUGAAUAUUAACAAUGAUAUUAAUACAUUUAACAAACUUGGGGCAUCUAAUAAUAUAUUAAUUAACAAAGAUACUACUAUUACAGAUGGGGCCGGUGUUGCUAUGUCCGGUUUCAGUGGUGCUCCUAUCACUAACAUGGUAGGUGUAAGACCUGGAACAUCAAGAGGUGGGCUGACUGUGAAGGGUAUCAAUAUUCCAUCAUAUCAAAUCCAUUCAAGGACAGAGGAAUUUAGUUCAAACUCUUCGGAAAAGAUUUCAGGAAGUAUAUCAGGUAAUAGUGAUAUACCUGUGGGUAGCUUUGUUAUAGGAGCCGGUCAGCCAAACUCUAAAGUAAUAAACACAGGCAUUGUAGGCUCUUUAUCUCCAACAAAAGUAGGCGGUGUUGCUAUUGGGUCUGGAAUGUCCGAUCAAAGCCCAAAUAUUCCUGGUAUUUCGUUGCCUCAAAGUGCAUUUAAAAGUAAUGACAGACUUAAUCUAGAAAGAAAACAGACAAAUACAGAAAAGCCAAAAGCGGUAAAGGUAGACAUGUCUUCUUUUAUUCCACCUCCAUACGAAGAGCCAAAAAGCAGUAACACUUUGAAUGUGCGAGGUCAAAGUAAACUCCGAAAAGGUGUAAUAGCAGAUGUCGCAACGAAUGCAGCAUUACUAGAUAAGCGAACUACAAUUAAUAACCAACUAAUUUCUAAUCAAGGUUCAGCAGAUGUACCACAAUUUAAUGAACAUUUAAAUAAUAGGUUUGCCUCUAAUGGUGGUCCGUCUAGUAGGCAUGGUAUGGGGCUAACUGGUACAUCAUCGACAAACGUUCGUGAAUCAUCAAACAUUGUUACAUCAAGCGAACACUUUGGUAAGCCAGGUUCAGUAGAUGUACCACAAUUUAAUGAACAUUUAAAUAAUAGGAUUGCCUCUAACCGAGGUCUGUUUAGUAGGCACAGUAUGAGUUCAACUCUUCGAGAUGGUGCAACGGGAGAUGCCGCAGCUAAUUCAGCGUUACCGGACAGGCAAAAUACGAUUGAUCGCAUAAAUAACCAAAUAGUUUCUAGUCAAGGAUCUGCAUUUAACGAACAAUUGAAUAAUAGGAUUGACUCUAAUAGAGGUUUGUCUAGUAGGCACAGUAUGAGUUCAACUCUUCGAGAUGGUGCAACGGUAGAUGCCGCAACUAAUGCAGCGUUACUGAACAGGCAAAAUUCAAUUGAUCGCAUAAAUAACCAAAUAGUUUCUAGUCAAGAUUCUGCAUUUGCAAAACAAUUUAACGAACAUUUAAAUAAUGGGAUUGCUUCUAACAGAGGGUUGUCUAGUAGGCACAGUAUGAGUUCAACUCUUCGAGAUGGUGCAACGGUAGAUGCCACAACUAAUGCAGCGUUACUGAACAGGCUAAAUACGAUUGAUCGCAUAAAUAACCAAAUAGUUUCUAGUCAAGGAUCUGCAUUUAACGAACAAUUGAAUAAUAGGAUUGACUCUAAUAGAGGUUUGUCUAGUAGGCACAGUAUGAGUUCAACUCUUCGAGAUGGUGCAACGGUAGAUGCCGCAAAUAAUGCAGCGUUACUGAACAGGCAAAAUUCAAUUGAUCGCAUAAAUAACCAAAUAGUUUCUAGUCAAGGUUCUGCAGUUGCAAAACAAUUUAACGAACAUUUAAAUAAUAGGAUUGCCUCUAAUGGUGGUUCGUCUAGUAGACAUGGUAUGGGGCUAACUGAUACAUCAUCGACAAACUCCAGAACGUCUGUUCAUGAAUCAUCAAACAUUGUUGCAUCAAGCGAACACUUUGGUAAGCCAAUACGGUCUGACAUUACGUCGGGAAUGUCCCCUAGAUGGCAAAGGUCGAAAACAGUUUCUACAACUUCCGUAGGAGAACGAUCGGCAGUUCCGUCAAUUGUUAGGGAUCACGCAAUUUUUACCGAUAUGGCUAAAGAUCCAAAUCCAAGACACAGAAAUAACGAGGUCGCUGUUGCGUUAGAUAUUCACAGCAACACAAAUCAAGUUCUAGAACGUCUUUCAGCUGAACAGUUUACAUCACAACCGAUUGUUGGAUCGAUUUUUGGAACAGUUGAAAAUUCGUCGUCAAGUACUUUAACUAAAAAAUUUCUUGAAAAAUCUGGCAUAACACGCGAGCCGGCUGUAGAUUUCAUGACAACUUUUCUGCAGCAUUCAAAGCCUACUCGAACUCUAAAUCGUGGAAAUAAAAGUUUACAAAUAGUUCCCCUCGGUUCAGACAUGUCUAAUUUAAGUCCUAACACAGACAAAAUAAUUAUUUCAGGUCGUCAGAGUGAUGCACAGACAGUUGACCAAUUUGGAGUCGCUGAUAUUUACACUAGAAGACAACAGUUAAAUCCCAGUCAGUGGCAACAGUUAAUGUCGAAAGUAUCACAUGAGCCUACUCCUCGUCUGAAUGGAAUAAAUGUAGAUUAUCAGACACAGAAUGUAAUAGGUGCAGGUGAGACUAGACCAUUAACAAGUAAUAUCAAUAAAGGAGCAAGUAUGUCAAGAACAGGAACCUCAUCAGGAUUCUCCAGCAGUACGCAGACUAGAAAUAUUGAUAGAUCGAAUACAAACAGAAGAAUUCCUUUAGCUAGACAAAGCAAUUUAAGAUCUGCCAUCUUAUUUGAAGCUCCCGGAAUGACUGGCCACAAGUCGGUGACAAUUCGCAAUUAUUUCCCUCGCACUUCUAAGCGUCCAUCUUCUAAAACUACCAUGCAGUCCAGAUUAAUAUCUCCCAAUGAAGUAGGACAACAAAGCCUCCAAGAAUUUGUAGGUACACAGGCUACCGCAGAAAGAACCUCGUCCUUUGCAAAUACAUUUAGACAAAAUCAAGAGGCACGUGCUAUGGGUGUUCCGAUUUUUAAUAAAAAUAACGGUGUUUCCGUUAACUCUGUUUCUAUGACGUUAAAAGAUCAACGUAGUGCGGAUCCAAAGAUACAACCACAGGGUCGACUUGGUGAAGCAGGUCAAAAGAUACAAAAUGAAAUGAACACAUUCAAGCUAGGAAGAUCUAUCCUAAUUUCUGAUGGAGUGAUCCCUGAAUUUACAGGGCCGAAUUCAGUGCAUCGUCUUCCGAUCGAUGCUAGUGAUUUACGCAGCUUAUCAGCAAAUGGCAUUCGUUUAGGGCAACCAACGAUUAUGUCACAGGGUGGGUCUACGGGUUCUGAAAAGAUCAGCAGUCAACAGUCCAAACUUACAUCUAUUAGCUCACAAAUGGUCAAUAGCCAACAGUCAGGUGCUGGAUCUCUUAAUUCGCAAAUUAUAAACAAUCGUCAGCCCAGUAUGGGAUCUGUCGCCUCGCCAAUGACCAACAGCUUGCAGUCAAACCUCGGGUCCCUUGAUUCGGAGAUGACAAACAUUCUUCAGUCCAGAACUGGGUCCCUUGAUUCGCAGAUGAUUAAUAAUCGCCAGUCUACAAAAGGGUCUAUUGAUUCACAGACUGUAAAUAAUAUUCAGAACAGUAUAGGAUCUAUAGAUUCACAGAUGAUCACCAAUCGACAGUCCAACGCGGGAUCCCCUAAUUUACUAAUUGCCAGCAAUCGUCAGUCUAGACUUGGGUCCGUUGAUUCGCAAUUACUGAAUAGUCGCCAAUCUAGACUUGGGUCUCUUGAUUCGCAAAUGCUCAACAGUAGGCAGUCUACACAACUCAAGUCUCUGUCCGAAGCACAAAAAACCUCGCCCGGGGAAAUAAGGUUUCAAGAUAUUCAGGGAUCUUCCUUCGCAGUAGGAUUAGGUUCAGACAGCCAUGGCAAAACAUUAUCAAACCGACUUGGUAUAGCUAUAGGCGGGGGUCUCAAUUCCGACGUCUCUGGUGGGUUAGGAUUAUCACGAAGUCAGAAUAACAUUGGCAUUGCUGUUAAUGGCAAUUUGAACAGCGCAAUGAAUAUAAAAAGCGGUACCACUCAAACGUCUAGUUCAAGUUUUAGUAGUGACCAAGCGAUUCAGAACAUUGGCUUAACUGUUGCCGAUCAGGCUGGUGCAGGUGUGGCUGCCGCAAACAUUGAGCAGAGAAAUUUAGACACUGCAACAAUCCUUGGGCUUAACAACGCGCUGAAAAAACAGCCAAUGGAAGCUACCCUAUUUACUUCCGGUAGCAGAUUUGCUGUAUUUGGCCGUGCGAAUGACGUCGCCGGCAGAUCUCUUUCUGAUUCUAUGCAAGCCAAACCGAUUCCAGCGAGAAGAAUGGGUGUGUUAGGUCCUGUUCAUGAUUGCCGGUACAAACCCGACCCCUCGAGCGAAUACUAUUUCAUAUACAAGAAUGGAAUAACCCAACAUAGAUUUAGAUGCGCACUUGGUACAGCCUUCGAUGAAAUGACUUGCGAAUGUUCCAUCCGAGUAUCUGACCACGGUGAUUGUCUGGAAGUCCAUAUGGACUUUAACAAUGGAAUAGUGGAGGAUUCAUCUCUUAACCGGCUGCCAAUUGGAAAUGAUAAAGUUGAGAUUACAAACAGUUCUAGUCCUAUUGCUGGAAUUGCUUUAUUUGGCGGAGACGGUAAACUAACAAUCUGGAGAUAUCAAAAUUAUGACUUCAGGGAUCAUAUAAUGUUGAAAGUACAGUUUCGACCUGGAGUGGGAGGAGACAGGUAUCAGCCUCUUAUCAGCAACUGUGACGGUGGCGGUACUGGUCCGUCAGUCGCCAUUAUUUACGACAGUACCCUGCAAGAGGUCAUCCUCUUGCUUCAAACUGUCAAUGAUACUAUGAAAGAACUAAAAUUCAAUGUUAAUCCAAACGAAUGGAACGAUGUAACAUACAUCUACGAUGGUCAAGAGUUUAUCGGCAUUGUAAAUGGUGUAAGGAGAUACGUUUCCCGAGAAAAUCCACAUCUUCUAGGCAUCAUUGGCGGAGAAAUCAAAUCAACGCCAGCUCAAGGUUUGAUAGAAAUCCGAGAUGCGGCCGUAGUGUUGGGGCACUGUCCGAUGUACGGAAACUAUAGAGGAGCCAUGGUCGAUAUUCAGGUUUACACUUGCAUUCCUAAAGACUUCAGACUGGAAUAAAAUAAGCCGGCUAACCUUACCUGUAUUGACAGAUAAUGCACUGGAAUAAAACCUGGAUAAGUUGUACUAAUUAUAGCUGGUCAUGGCAUUUUUUGGAAAAAGGACACGCAAAACCAUAUAAAAGAUGGAUAACCAAUCUAUGAAUUGGAUAGCAAUAUUCGUGUCAAAGAAUAUCAUAUUUCUAAAUAGAUACACCAUAGAUGAAAUACUAGAUCCUGGUUAAGUCACCGUGUUGUUAAUACAAAUCCUGAAUAAACUGCGAUCCUGAGUAGAGA